ACACACCGCCUGCUGCCGCCGCCGUGCUGCUCCCGGACUCCGGGCAAGAGGGGAAGGGAAGGCAGAGGAGCACGGGCAGGGGAAGUCAGAGCGGAGGGGAGCGGGAGAAGGAGCCUCCUCCCCGUAGCCAGAGGACUUCCAUGUAGCGGGGAACAGCGGGAGAAGGCUGGCGCUCGGGAACUGUGCGAGAAGCUCUCCGAGCAAGUUACUUAAUCCCUGAAGAGCAGCGGGAGGAGGGGACGGCACCGAGCCCUGUUGCCGAUCACAGUCACUAUUCCCAGCCCCUCAUCGCUUGACCGCGGGCAGUUCAAUGCACUGUUCCAAGCUCUUCCUAGUUUUCUCCUCGGGCUAACUUCGGAGGACGCGCCGCCGCUGUCGCCUGGAGGUGAGACGGAGAGCCUCGGAAGAAGGAAGGAGAAGUUUUGCGGGGGCUGCGCGCGGAGGAGCAGAAGAUGGGCUGGAAACGCCGCUGCUGCUGGGGAGGCGGAGGCGGCGGGGACCUUCUCUGCCGGCUAACCCUGGUGCUGGGGUUCCUGCUGCCCGCCUGCAGGACGCGCCUCUACACCAACCACUGGGCUGUGCGGAUAGCCGGGGGGCUGCCGGAGGCCAACCGGAUAGCUAGCAAAUACGGAUACGUCAAUAUAGGACAGAUUGGAACACUGAAGGAUUACUACCACUUUUACCAUAGUAAAACAAUUAAAAGGUCAGUUCUCUCAAGUAGAGGUACCCACAGCUUCAUUUCAAUGGAACCAAAGGUGGAGUGGAUACAACAGCAGGUGGUUAAAAGAAGGAUAAAGAGGGAUUAUAAACCUGGAGGUACCCAAUCCACUUAUUUCAAUGAUCCCAAGUGGCCAAGCAUGUGGUACAUGCACUGCAGUGAUAACACUCACCAUUGCCAAUCAGAUAUGAAUAUAGUAGGUGCUUGGAAGAGAGGUUACACUGGAAAGAAUGUUGUGGUGACUAUCUUGGAUGAUGGCAUUGAAAGAAACCAUCCAGACCUGAUGCAAAAUUAUGAUUCACAGGCCAGUUUUGAUGUCAACGGAAAUGAUUUUGACCCUAUGCCUCGAUACGAUGCCAGCAACGAGAACAAGCAUGGAACCCGUUGUGCUGGAGAAGUGGCAGCCACUGCAAACAACUCACACUGCACAGUGGGAAUCGCCUUUAAUGCCAAGAUUGGAGGUGUACGGAUGCUGGAUGGAGAUGUCACAGACAUGGUAGAAGCAAAGUCUCUGAGCCUUAAUCCGCAGCACAUCCACAUCUACAGUGCUAGCUGGGGGCCUGAUGACGAUGGCAAAACUGUAGAUGGACCUGCUUCUCUAGCACGUCAGGCCUUUGAGAACGGCAUCCGAAUGGGACGAAGAGGCUUAGGGUCAGUUUUUGUUUGGGCAUCUGGAAAUGGUGGAAGGAGUCGAGACCACUGCUCCUGUGAUGGCUACACCAAUAGCAUCUACACUAUCUCCAUAAGCAGCACAGCUGAAAGUGGGAAGAAGCCAUGGUACCUGGAAGAAUGUGCUUCCACGCUAGCUACAACAUACAGCAGUGGAGAAUCCUACGACAGGAAAAUAAUCACCACAGACCUGAGGCAGCGUUGCACAGACAGCCAUACUGGAACCUCAGCCUCUGCACCAAUGGCUGCAGGCAUCAUUGCACUGGCACUGGAAGCAAAUCCGUUUCUGACAUGGAGAGACAUACAACACAUUAUUGUCAGGACUUCUCGUGCUGGACAUCUGAAUGCUAAUGACUGGAAAACCAAUGCGGCUGGUUAUAAGGUGAGCCACCUCUAUGGAUUUGGACUGAUGGAUGCUGAAGCAAUGGUGAUAGAGGCAGAAAAGUGGACAACAGUCCCUCCACAGCAUGUGUGCGUGGAGAACACGGAUCGGCAAAUCAAAACAAUAAGACCUGACAGUGUCGUCCGUUCAAUUUACAAAGCCACAGGCUGCUCUGAUAAUCCUAAUCACCACGUGAUCUACUUGGAACACGUUGUUGUGCGCAUCACUAUUACUCACCCUCGACGUGGAGACUUGGCAAUUUACCUAACCUCUCCUUCUGGAACCAGAUCACAGCUCUUGGCAAACAGGCUAUUUGAUCAUUCCAUGGAAGGAUUCAAAAACUGGGAGUUUAUGACUACUCACUGCUGGAGUGAAAAAGCAGCAGGUGACUGGAUCUUGGAAAUCUGUGACACUCCAUCUCAGCUGAGAAAUUUCAAGACUCCAGGCAAAUUGAAAGAGUGGUCCUUAGUACUUUAUGGAACAUCCAUCCAGCCAUACUCACCAAGAAAUGAUUUUCCAAAAGUGGAAAGAGUACGCUCCAGUCCAGUUGAAGAUCCCACAGAAGAUUAUGGAACAGAUGAUUAUUCAGGUCCAUGCAAUGCAGAAUGCAGUAAAGUAGGGUGUGAUGGGCCAGGACCAGAUCACUGUACUGACUGUCUUCACUACUACUACAAAUCCAAGAACAACACACGGAUCUGUGUUUCGACCUGCCCACCUGGUCACUACAAUGCAGACAAGAAACGCUGUAAAAAAUGCUCACCCAAUUGUGAAACCUGUGUUGGAGGCCAUAGUGACCAGUGCAUGACCUGUAAAUCUGGCUACUACCUGAAUGAAGUAACCAAUAGCUGUAUUACCACCUGCCCCGAUGGGUUUUACCUGGAUAAGAAUAAGAUUGUUUGCCGAAAAUGUAGUGAAAACUGUAAGACAUGUGUUGAAUUCCAAAUCUGCACAGAAUGCAAACAUGGGCUAAGUUUGCACGGCACAAAAUGUGCUAUCCGCUGUGAAGAUGGAAAAUACCAUAAUGGCAGGGAAUGUGAACCAUGUCACCGUUCAUGUGCAACAUGUGCAGGUGGUGGAGUAGAUGCAUGUAUAAACUGCACACAGGGCUAUUUUAUGGAAGAUGGAAGGUGCGUGCAGUCCUGCAGUACUGGUUACUACCUUGAUCACUCUACUGAAAGUGGAUACAAAAGCUGCAAAAGAUGUGAUGCCAGCUGUUUGGAUUGCAGUGGUCAAGGAGACAGAAACUGUACGAUCUGCCCAAAUGGCUAUAACCUCGACUCUGGUGUCUGCGUAGUGGGAACAGUCUGCAAGGAUGAUGAAUAUCUUGAUGGUUCUCAGGAAUGUCAGCUGUGUGAAGCAUCCUGUGAGAAGUGCACUGGACCUGAGGUGGAUGACUGCAUCAGCUGCCCGAGAACAAGAUUCUUUGACAGUGGUCGUUGUGUUAUGCAAUGCCCCAGGGGAAAAUUUGAAUUCAAAAAGCAAUGUCAUCUGUGCCAUCACACCUGCCGGGACUGCAGUGGAAGUGAACCUAACAAAUGCACUGCUUGUGGAACAGACAGACGAGGGAUGGACCGUUUUCUGUACCGUGGGGAGUGCAGAGAAAGCUGUCCCCCAGGUCACUACCAUUCAGAGCACACCUGUGUACCCUGCUCUGGUCACUGCGAAGUGUGCCUGGAUUCUAAACACUGCAAAAGAUGUUCCAGAGGAUACUACCUUAACCAAAAUAUAUGUCAGAAGCAUAGCUGUAGAGAAGGUGAAUUGGAAGAUCCUGACUCUGAAGACUGUGUGCCUUGUGCAGAAGGAUGCCAGAACUGUCAAUUCGAUGACCCAAGAAUCUGCAUAAUGUGUGUUCCAAACUACUACAAAUAUAAACAGAGUUGCUAUAAACACUGUCCAGACAGUACCUACCGUGAUGAAAGUUCCCUGCAAUGUAAAGAGUGUCCUAGCAACUGUGAUAGCUGUGACAAGGACAAGUGUGACUUCUGUAAGGAAGGCUUUUAUCUCUCAGGUGGUACAUGCGUGACCAAGUGUGGAGACGGCUUCUUCACUGAUCACAUGUCUAGAGAAUGUGAGCCUUGUCACAGGAGCUGCACAACGUGUGUUGGGUACAGCUAUGAGAAUUGCACUGGAUGCCCAAAAGAUUUCCAGCUUUCUCAUGGACGGUGUCUGAAUCCAAGAAAUUAUCCACCCAUUGGGAAAUUCUUCAGCGAUGCAAAAAAGCAGUUGCAACCAUGUGAUCCUUCAUGUAGGACCUGUGACAAAUCUGCUGACUUGUGCACUUCAUGUCCAGAAGGAAAAUUUCUUGCCCACAGUACAUGUGUCUCUCAGUGCCCACAACAAACUUUUGCUGACGUUGGAAGUGGGAAAUGUGAGAUGUGCAUGGACUACUGUGAGGUGUGCUCCGAUCUCUGGCACUGCCAGAAGUGUCAGUCUGAACAAGGACAGUCUUUCUUCCUCCACAAUGGCAGAUGCUUACAGGAAUGCCCUGAGGGAUACUUCAAUGAUUCUGGGACUUGCAAGGAAUGCAGUGGUUCCUGUAAGACAUGUGAGGGAAGUGCCACCAAAUGCCAGUCUUGCAAAAGUCCUUUGCUUCUGGAGCAGUGGGAAUGUAAACCUACCUGUUCAGAGAAACAUUUUGCCUUUGAUGGAAUCUGUAAACACUGCCCUGCUAUGUGCCUGGAGUGCAUUCACACUGAAACAUGCAAAGAGUGUGUGGACGGGUUCUUCCUGCAUGAAGGGAAGUGUGUAGAGGACUGCCCUACCCAAUUCUAUGCUGAAGACAAGCACUGCUUUCCCUGCCAUGGAGACUGCAAGGACUGCAGUGGACCAGACUCAGACGACUGUACUGAGUGUGCAGUCAGCUACUAUGUCCUAUAUGAUGGCAUGUGUUCUGAAGAGUGCCCUGAAGGGACUUACUAUGAAGACGAGACCGAAGACUGUCAAGCAUGCAAUAGGACAUGCAAGACUUGUUCUUCUUCCACUGCCUGCCUUACGUGCAGAAAUGGCCUGAUCCUGAAUCGUAACGGGCACUGCGUGCUAUCCGGACACUGCUCUCGCACCGAGUACUAUGAUGAGAAGACUGAGACCUGCAAAACUUGUCAUAAGAAAUGUUUUCACUGCUCAGGACCAACUGAACACCAGUGUAUUAGUUGUGCAAAUAACCGCUAUCUUUUCAAUACAACCUGUGUUGAAAAAUGCCCUGCUGGGUAUUACGCUGACAGUGACGAAGGACGGUGUUCCCCAUGCCACACCACCUGUGCCACCUGCAGUGGAAAACACAGCUCACAGUGCCUUUCCUGUAAACCAGGCUUGUACAGACAAGGAAAAGGAUGCGUAAACCAGUGUCCAACGGGCUAUUUUGCACAGAACUCCACUGGGUCAUGCGAGCACUGUCACAAGGGCUGUAAGGAGUGCAUGGGGCCUCAACCGACAGACUGCCUUUUCUGCGAUACAUACUUCUACCUGCUGCACUCCAAGAACCAAUGUGUUAGCUCUUGUCCUGAAUAUUACUAUGAAAACAAGGAUGACAAUGUCUGUGAAAGAUGCCACCCUUUCUGCCGAACUUGCGAAGGAAAGGAAGGAUUCAGCUGCACAUCUUGUGUGUGGAGCUACAGUUUGUUAAACGGAAUAUGCAACUCAGACUGUUUGGUAGGUUACUACAAAGUCCAGGAGGCACCAGGACAAGAGGAGGAUGAGACAAAGUGUGAGAGAUGUGACAGCACAUGCACAGAGUGCAAGGGACCUGGACCUCUCAACUGUACCAUCUGUCCUGCUGGCAUGCAGCUCUACCUGGAGGAAGGCCGCUGCUUACCCUGCUGCAGUGACACUGACUCACCAGGCGCCCCAGAGUGCUGUGACUGCAGUGAAACUCAAGAUGACUGUGUAUUACGGACCACACUACCACCAGCAAGCAAAAACAAAAGUGCUUUCUUUGUCAUUACCUGCAUUUUACUUGUCCUUGUCAUUGGAGCCAUUGUAGUCAUCUGGAGAAAAUCAAAAUCAAAACCACGCGCUGUCAGUAAAGGUAGGUAUGAGAAGCUGACAAAUGACUCCAAAACCCUUCCUUCCUAUGCAAGCAAUUAUCAUGAAAGCACAAGCUAUCAGGAAGAUCAAGUGAUUGAAUACAGAGAUCGAGAUAUUGAAGAUGAUGAUGAAGAAGAUGACAUUGUAUAUAUGGGUCAGGAUGGCACAGUCUAUCGUAAAUUUAGAUAUGGACUUUUGGAGGAUGAUGAAGAAGACGAGCUUGAAUAUGAUGAUGAAAGUUACUCAUUUAGAUAACUCUCUACUGUCUUACAGAUUUUCUGCUCUGUUUCUUUUCCUAUUAAAUUGCAGCAAUUCUAUUAAGUAUGUAUAUUUACUCCUUUUCAGGCUGAUCUUAAGAUUUUAACUAAUGCUUAAUUUGAGAGCAGAAUGGUUUCUAAAAACAUUUUGGUCCUGAAGCUUCACAUAAAUCCCUCUUAGGCUUUAAGUUGCACUCCAGAUGUAGGCAGUUUAGAAGAAUACAUUCCUGUGCAUUUUUGUGGACAGCAAAUCCUUUCCAAAUGUGUAUGCACGUGCAUUAUAAUAAACACAAACACCCAUUCAAACCGUACAUAAAUACUUACUGCAAACUUUGCUGCUCUCUUUUAAAAUAGUGUUGAUACAGACAAGAUAGAUCUAUUUGUCUACAUGAAAAAUAUCACUGGAGUAGUGUGCCAGUAGUUUACUACAUUGUGAUUAUAGUUAUGUAGCCUUUUGUAAUAGCAUGGGCAAGGUUUCUGAUUCUAGCCAGAUUUUCUUUGUUGAUGUCACUUGGUGCAGCUAUGCUCCUCAAAGCCAACACACUUCUGCUUAGAAUCUUGUGGCAUAGUUCCCAGUGAAAUUGUGCACCUAUAACAUGAUUUUUAAGAAUUGAGAUUGUGACUACUCCGGAUUGCUUCACUGUAUUCAUGGUUUGUAUGAAAAAUAAUGAAAAUAUUUUAUGUAGCAAUCUAUGAUUAUUCUUUAUUCAAGAGCUUGUUAAAUAGUCUUUCAUUGCACACACAGACUUCUUGGUUUACUGCAAAGGGAAAUAUGGUCUAUAAAUACAGCCACAAAACAGCACUCCUUCUUUCCUUUCUAAUUAGCUUCUCAAGCUACAAAUGAUUUAAAUACUAUUUGUUCAAGUAAGUUUCACAUUUCUGCUGUAAAUGCCUCAAGUUUAUUGGAGGAUGGCAAAGGGGAUAACUAAUAUUUAUUUAGUAAUGUAAUUUAAAAGAACACAGUAAUGUGAUUUUUGUAUUACUACAAAAUUUUAAUUCAUUGUACUAAAGGAUGCUCUUUAUGGCCUUUUACUGUGGAAGAAUAAAUUCUUUGCACAAAA